AGACAAAGCAAGCGGCGGUCGAACCGAGCCCGCGCUGCGCACACGUACGGCGCGGCCAACCCCCCACCGCCUGCCAGUCACCAAACAGCGAUUAAAUACGCCGCCCGCGCGACCCAGACACCCGGCCCGCAUUCCAUUCUGUGCCACCGCCGCCGCGCUGUGUCUGCGUCUGCGUCUGCGUCUGCGUGCGUCGCGCGCGUGCCCGCCCGCGGUGUGCAUGGAGGCGUUCGCGGCCCAGCAUCAGGGGGACGUGUGCAUGGAGGCCGUCGGCGUCGACACCGCGGCGCAGCAGGGCCCGCGCCCGCGCACGGCGCACCGGCGCUCCCGCAGCGACGUCCCGUCCGGGUACUACUUCGGCGGCGAGGGGCACCAGCUGCCGCCGCCCAAGGUGGAGGCCGGAUGGGGCGGGCACCUCCACGGCGGCGGGGGCGACGACGACCUCUUCAACGCGUAUCUCAACCUGGAAGGGCUGGACGGGCUGAACUCCUCCGACGACCGCCGGCAGUACUACGACGGCGACAGCCGCGGGAGCAGCGUGAGGACCAACGGCGCCGACAGCAGCGAGAACGAUUCGGAGGAGUGCGCCGCCGCAGGCCCGCCCGUGGCCCACCACGUCAGGAGCCUGUCCAUGGACAGCAGCCUCAUCGGCAAGCUCAACUUCUCCGCCGGCGCGGCUGCGGCCAACGGCGGCGUCAUUCCGGGGCCCAACAGGUUCAGCCUCGAGUUCGGCAGCGGCGAGUUCACCCCCGUCGAGAUGAACAAGAUCAUGGCCGACGAGAAGCUGGCCGAGAUGGCGCUCGCCGACCCUAAGCGCGCCAAGAGGGUGCUGGCCAACAGGCAGUCGGCGGCGCGGUCCAAGGAGCGGAAGAUGCGAUACAUCGCGGAGCUGGAGCAGAAGGUGCAGAUCCUGCAGACGGAGGCCACCGCUCUCUCCGCCCACCUCACGCUUCUUCAGCGGGACUCCGCGGGGAUCGCGACGCAGAACAACGAGCUCCAGUUCCGGCUGCAGGCCAUGGCGCAGCAGGCGCAGCUGCGUGACGCAUUGAAUGAGGCACUGACAGCCGAGGUCCAGCGCCUGAAACUCGCGACUGCAGAGCUCGGCGACUCUUGCUCGUCCAACAGUCUAGCCCAGCAGAUGCAGAUCCAACUCAGCGCGCAUGACCAGACGUUCGAACUGCAUCAGCAGCAGGCGAUGCCGAUAGCGUUCUACCAGCUGCGGCAGGCGCAGUGAAGAAGCAUGAAUCGAAGGAGUGAUCUCAGACUCAGAGACAUCAUUAUCCACCGCUGCGUGAGAUGUUUGUUUAUUCUUUGGAUCAUACAUCAAAUUGUAGCCGACCAAUAUUCUUUUAUACUAGCUAGUAGUGUUUA